CACAUUUCAAAGUGAAUUUCAAAGUUAGAUUGUGUUAAAUACAUAGCUGGCUGUGUAAAGAAACGAUAGUGCGAUAUCGGGCCCCGACUGUACAGACCCUAUCAGUAUAUACUCGUGUAAACACACAGUCGGGCUGGCAUUCGGACACCAGUAUUUACACUGGACAGUUAAUACCGGGAGAACCUAGACACAUAUCAUACCAAACGAGAGGAGAAAUUUCAGGUAACCUUCCUUGGAACUCGUGUAAAAGAGGGAUCUAUGGAAACGGAUCAGGUGCUUAUGGGGAAAACCGGAAGUGAGUUUACACAUAACGACUUGUAGAGAUUGCAUUUGAAUACAAUUUCUGAGACAUUUUUGAUUUUUUUUUUUAUUAGACUGCUUUCUGGCUAAGUGUCGUGCGUAACAAUGCCAGCACAUAAGAAAAUGCGUCCCCCGAAGCAUCUUGAAAAGAUGUUAUUUAUCAACCACAAGGAAGACCAAUCCUUGGAGGACCGGUUGGCAAGGAUACACCUGCGUUCUAGACUCCGGGAAAUCGAGUUAGACCGGGAACGGAUUAAAGUUAGGGAUGAACUUAGAGAUUCCAAAAGGAAGCAAAUCCCUAUUGACAAUGUCCUGGCCAGACAGGAUACAAUGACGUCACGUCCUCCAAUGUCACCAAGGAAACCAACAAGGCUUUCGGUAACCUCUGACCCGCGGUCACCACAGGAAGAGGACGGCCCAAACGCCUAUCUCCUGGGGGAGUAUAAGAGAAUGUCAGAGGUUAUCCCUACUAUUCUUCUAACACUGUCUGCAAAGGACGAUAAAACCAAACCAAAAUCUGGCUCCAGAUACAGGACAGAUCAUGUGAAAACACAAUCAAAUGUGACUUCUGUACAGGAUUAUGAACCUGACCUCCAUCGAAUUACAAAACUUGCACGUACAGUGAAAACUCUCAGACAUAACAUGGCUAUUAAUAAGAAACUAGAAUUUACACGACCAACUGUUUCUUUGGCAAAAAUGUUUAAAGAAAUAUACGAGAAAGAACACGAUUUGGACCAAUAUACCGAUGGUGCGUGUGUUUUACUAAAAAGGAAAAUGGAGAAGCGACGCCGAGGAGCACUACCUCCACUGCCUAUAACACGACGUCACUCGGCAUACGAGUUCUCCCCAACACAGAAAGAUAAGGACAAUAACACCGGAACUGGAAGUGACAAUCCAGAAAAUGUACUUCCUCCAAAUGGUGGACAUUCCGCAGUUCUUCCCGCCCUACAGAGGACGCAGAGUAUGGCCAAUCUGCCACGGAUGACAAGGAGUAUGUCCAGUCUAAGUGUCCUUGGUGUCCGUCGGUCCGAAAGUCCGGAUACCAAACUAUUCAUAGCCGAGGACGAACUUGUCAUGCGCAAGAGAGUUGCGUUUGAGUUGAACAAAUAUGAACGUUUGAGAGAGAAAGUGGACCGAUUUCUCCUUCCUCCAAAACCUAUUGUCGAAGUUUCAGAUGAAUUAGCCGUCACGUGAAACGGAGACUGUCAUGGCUUUAUGCUACCUUCGACAACAUGAAUCUCAAUUUCAUAAAGAGCCAAACAAAAAUUACAUAAGUUAACUUGAGGUAUCGUUUAAUCUUUUAUGACUUACUAGAGACAUAUAUAGAAAUUAAAGCACAUAAUUGGAUCUUGGUGAUGAUUUCAAAUAGUUAUCGAUAAUUAUGUGUCUGGUUUUCAAGUUUUCUCCAAUAUGGCGUCUAGUGAAGACUGAACCGAGCGACCGCAAAGGAUUGUGGGAAGGUCAGGGGCCACUAUGUAAACACAAGGGCAAAUAGAGAGCUGCCAAUCUCUGUAUAUAUGUCUCUGGACUUACGCAAUAUAAUUUUAUUGUUACGUUUUUUAUCAAAUAGGUAAUUUUUGUUUGUUUUCUUAAGUACUUGAGCAGGACAAUAACAUUUAAAUGAUCAAUAAACACAUGACAAUGUACAAACAAAAGCGAAAGGUUACAAAACAAAAACUUUAAGUUGUUUUACUUGAUCAAAAUAUAAGUUUGGAAAUUAUGUAUCAGACAUAUCAUCGUGUCUGUCAAUGAGAGAGCAUUAAAAUUUGUAUCUAUGGAACGAAUAGUUUUUUGUUUCUAAUUCGGGGACACAUUAUUAUGAACUUUAUAUUUAGAAACAAAAUGACGGCAGUAUACCGUAACUAUGAUACCUGUCCUAUAACUAACAUAUAAAUAGAUUAAUGUAAGUGACAACGUUAUACUUUAUCGGCUUAUCAAUAAAAUAUUAUCUAAGUAUUCA